CGGGGCUUUGGGGAGGUGUUUGAACUCUAUUACCGGGUUGGGCGGGUCCAAUCUGGGAGGAGUCUGUGAAAGAGCCCUGAGUGCCCCGCCCGCUGAGGAGAUGGAUGAGGAUGGGCUUCCUCUUAUGGGGUCGGGCAUAGACCUGACCAAGGUGCCAGCAAUUCAGCAGAAAAGAACGGUGGCAUUUCUAAACCAAUUUGUGGUGCACACAGUACAGUUCCUCAACCAUUUUUCUACAGUUUGUGAGGAGAAGCUGUCAGACCUUUCUCUUCGUAUUCAACAAAUUGAAACAACUCUCAAUAUUUUAGAUGCAAAGUUGUCAUCUAUUCCAGGACUAGAUGAUGUCACAUUUGAAGUGUCACCUAUAAGUGUCAAAAGUAUCACAAAUGGUCCACAAUCUGAAGCCACUUCAGAGCAAUCUCAGCUGAACAGUAUACAAGACCCUGGACCACAGGAAAGUGAAGUAGCAGCAGGAAAGAUCUUAACUGUAGCCAAGGAUCCAAGAUAUGCCAGAUAUCUCAAAAUGGUUCAAGUGGGUGUUCCAGUGUUGGCAAUAAGAAACAAAAUGAUAUCUGAAGGACUAGACCCAGAUCUUCUUGAGCGACCAGAUGCUCCAGUGCCUGAUGGUGAAGGAAGAAAUGCAGAAGAGAGUUCAGAUAGUGAAUCUUCUUUUAGUGACUAAGUUUCAUUUUGAUAAGAAGUUCAUAUACAUGUGUAGUUAUAUAUUUACAUUCUGUAAUAGAGAGAACCUAAGCUCUAACUCAUUGUCACAGAAACAUCAAAUGACCACAUAUCUACCAUCAAGUUUCCCCUGUGUUAAAAAA